GUUAAGUUCGAUAAUUUAAUCAAAAUUUUUGCCCGGUCUUAUCAGUGACCCUAUAAUAGGAAUUAAUCAACAUCUAAAUCACCAUCUCGAAAUGUUCCUUAAAGUGAAUCAGGCUAUCGCACAGGGAGCUCGUCGAUAUUCGACAAAAAGGCACGAUGUGGUAAUUGUAGCCGCAACCCGAACUCCGAUUGGAAGUUUCCAAAGCACUCUGUCGUCCCUUACGGCAUCACAGCUGGGAGCGGUUGCUGUGCAAGGUGUUGUGAAACAGGCCGGCAUCGCUGGAGGAGACAUCCAGGAAGUCUACAUCGGAAAUGUGAACGCUGCUGGUUUGGGUCAGGCUCCGGCCAGACAGGCCGUCGUUUUUGGCGGACUUCCGACGAGCACUAUCUGCACUACCGUUAAUAAGGUAUGCUCAUCUGGAAUGAAGAGCGUUAUGCUUGGAGCGCAGACCUUGAUGCUUGGUCAGCAAGAUGUUGUGCUGGCCGGUGGAAUGGAGUCGAUGUCCAAUGUGCCAUAUUAUCUGAAGCGAAGUGCCACGCCAUACGGUGGAGUACAACUGCAGGACGGUAUUGUGUUCGAUGGAUUGACCGAUGUGUACAACAAGUUCCAUAUGGGUAACUGUGCUGAGAACACGGCUAAGAAAAUGGGCAUCACUCGUCAGGAUCAGGAUGAAUUCGCUGUUAACAGCUAUAAACGCAGUGCUGCUGCCUGGGCUGAUAAGGCAUUCGAUGCCGAGAUCACUCCAGUAACGAUUCCCGGCAAGCGUGGCAAACCGGACGUUGUUGUGAAGGAAGAUGAAGAAUACAAGCGUAUCAACUUUGAUAAGUUCGGUCAGUUGGCCACAGUAUUCCAGCGGGAAAAUGGUACUGUUACGGCUGGAAAUGCUUCCACCUUAAACGAUGGAGCAUCGGCUCUGAUCCUGAUGACCGCCGAAGCUGCUGAAAAGUACAAGUGCAAGCCGCUGGCUCGUAUUGUUGGAUUUGCUGAUGCUGAGACCGAUCCGAUCGAUUUUCCAAUCGCUCCAGCGCUGGCCAUCCCGAAACUGCUGCAACAGAGCGGAGUUCGCAAAGAGGAUGUAGCAAUGUGGGAAAUUAACGAGGCCUUCUCGGUUGUCGUUGUAGCCAAUCAGCGUAAAUUGGAUCUAGACCCAUCCAAGAUCAACGUUCAUGGUGGAGCCGUUUCGCUGGGUCAUCCUAUCGGAAUGUCCGGUGCUCGCUUGGUUACUCAUCUGGCUCACUCGUUGAAGACCGGCGAAAUCGGUUGUGCUUCGAUUUGCAACGGUGGGGGCGGUGCUUCGUCGAUUCUAAUCGAAAAAUUGUAAGGAAUUUUCUUUCAACAACAAAAACUCACAAUGUGCUUCCGAAGAUUCUGUAAAACAGACACACAAUAAUCAGGGAUUCAUGAUAAAAACAUGUGCAUUUAUUAGAUUUUUAACAAGGCUCCUUUAUGUAAUGAAUUUUUUGAAAAUAAACCAUAUGCAAGAAGUGUAA